ACUAAAAAAGUAAGGAACCCACUCGGUACAUUUGAAGUGAAAGAAGACCAAGAGUUUGACGUGCAAAUGGCAAAAAGUAUGAACCAAAAUAGCACUAAUUCUAAAUUACACAUUGGACGAUACCUCAGUCUAGUGAUUCAGAAAGCCAUUUUGACAAAAGGUUUUCCCGCUCCAAUGAGAUGAGACAAAUGGCUCAAAAAAAAGGCACCGUAGUUCUGCCGUUACAAACAUUUACAAGAAAACAAAAGUCUUGUUCCAGAAGCCAUUCUGUGCAGUUAAUAACAGUACUAAUAACUAUAGAAGUAUGGAACCCAAAUUAGAAAAUGUGAGUUCUUCUCCACCAUGUAGUUACAGAACAUCAGAAGUAUGUCUAAAAGAAGAAUUACAGCAAGAUAUUCAAAAGUUUAAGAACGAGAUAGGCAUGUUACAGAUAGACAUCCGGGAUUUGGAAAAAAAGAAAGUUCAACUUCAAAAAGAGAUUAAUGAAGAAAAGAAGAGACACCAAAGUAAUGAGACGGCAGUAUUAGAAAAUGUGUAUGCUGUCGCUGCUGCUGCUGCUGCUGGACUAAUUCAACAAAGAGAGAGUGGAAAAACUGAAAACCACCUCUUUCCUGUUGGGAAAAAGGAACAUUCUGAUGGGUAA